UUCUGGGGUAUUAAUAUUUUGUGCAACUUUUCUGGAACUUUUCGAGUCUUUGUCGGUAAAACGUCUUUCUAUGCCGUGCUGUAGAACAAGGGGAAAGUUUCCUGGUAGAUUUGUUACGAUUAGUGUGGUGUUUUGAGAAGAAAAUGUGGAUUUUCUGACCAAGUGAAAUUUGGAGACAACAAAAUGGCGAGGUACCAGUAGCUGGGAUGAAGUGCGUCGUUCGGAGACACAUUUUUUUUCCUACAGGUUUGCGCAAGCUGGCACCUGAUUGGUCAGGCGAGAAUCGGAUUGUUCUCCAGAAUAUCAUGUUACAAAAAACAAGCAAGCUAACGUUGCAGUGACCUGUAGGACACCCAGGCACCAUAGUAACUCCACAAGAUUAUGUCAGGGUAGCAGAACAAGACAGAGACGUCUUUUACAUGACUAGCACCAGUCAGACAUGGGGAAGUUAAAGUCGUUUGUCGUCACUUUCGACAACAACAAGGACGUGUACCAGGCAGGGGAGAUCGUCAGCGGGAAGCUGAUCGCAGACGUUACCGAAGGAAUAAAAGCCAGAGGUGUUCGUGUCAGGUUCCAUGGGUUUGCUUGGAUCCACUCGGGUGAUCACCCCCAAUAUGAGCACGCCAUGCACGCUGAGCCCCUCUCAUUCGCAGUGCCGGAAACAUAUUUCGAUGAAACCAUCACUGUCUGGGGAAAAGAGUUGGGGGACAGGGACGGAGAAAACCCAACCCUUCCUGCGGGAUACUACGAGUUCCCAUUCCGCCACCAGUUAGGCACGGGACUGCCCUCGUCAUUCGAGGGCAGUCGUGUCGGCUACGUACGCUACUCCGUCAAGGGGAUCAUCGACAGACCCUGGAAGCUUGACCUCACCACGUACUACAUCAUCACCGUUCUGGACAUGUUAGAUCUAAAUCAAGAGCCACGGGCUACGAUGCCGUCAGGAAGUCAGAACUCCAAGACUCUGUGCUGCCUGUGCUGUACAUCGGGACCGAUCGAACUGCAGGCACAGACAGACAGGGGUGGGUACUGUCCCGGGGAGAGGAUUGUUGUAAAGGGGUCAGUGGAAAACAACAGCAACACCAGGAUCACCAAGACAACGGCAAAGAUUGUACAGAUGGUGACGUCGACCGGCUUCCCUCCUACUGAUGGGUCCGUACCCUCCGACACCCUGAGUUCUACCGUAGAAGGGCCGGGCUGUAGCGCUCGUCUGUCCGAGAACAUCGAACUGGUUCUUCCAAUACCCGCCCUUCCCCCCUCUGGGCUGAGAUAUUGUAACGUCAUUGACAUCAAAUAUGUGGUUCUGGUUACUGCACACUUUCAAGGACCUCACCGGAACCUUGAAGUUGAACUCCCCAUUAUAAUUGGCUCUGUGCCACUGAAGACACUAUAUAGUGGUCAUCCAAACCCAGCGUAUGCACCAGCAACCGCGCCACCUCUACUUCCUCCACCCACAUACGUAGAGGCAGAGGCUGGCGUCGACAUUGUGGACAACAUAGUGAACAGAGACAAGUACACCCCGUCACAACUCUACUACGCUCCAAAGUACAUGUACUACGACUGGAGCCAACACCCUCAACAGUAGGAUAGAACGUCACUGCUCACAUCCCAUACCCAAGUCUGAAUCCUGUAAAACUCAGACAUGCAAAACUUUUGACUGAUACAAGUAUGUAUACAUGUACGGCAUUUUCACUCACUACAUCCCAUAUCAAUGAAGCAGGCAGGUACAGACCGCCAUGCUGGUGUUCUUCAUCUGCAUUUCCAUGGACUUCACACAGCGUUUUAGAAUUUUAUUGUCAAGUUUUUACAUUACGUGUUGUGUGUGUAUUCUCUUAUGUUGAGACGGUCAUAGGGUCUGUAUUACCGGGUACUCUAAAAUGCAAGCAGAUGUAUUUUUUUUUACGCCAGUGGGUGGUAUAUUGGAUACUACCUGGCCAAUUUGAUGCUCUUCAGUUGCCUGUAUUGAAGCCACCAAAUGAUGAUAUGCUUGGAGAUUCAUAUGUAAUGUGAUAAUGCUUUAUUGGUUGUUGAACACUUUAUUUGUCACCAUCAAUAAUUGGACUGGAAACACAUGAAAUGAAGGGAAUAAACAUUUCGGAAAUAUA